UUGGCCUAUUCGCUGGGAACGUGUUAGUGGAAUGCCCAUCAUUCAUUACGCACACGGCGCACACUAGUCUCUUCACUAGUACAGUACGCCCCACGCCCGCCUAUUUAUAUUCAAUUCACACUUUGCAGCAGCAUCAAUUUCAUUCGCAGAGUGUUCGUUCUCAGCUGAAAACUCUAUUUUCAAGGCGUCCAAAUAGAAAAGUCUGCUGCACAAAUUUGGACCAAGUUGAGAUCCUAUAUAUGGAGAAACUCAUAUUUCAAAAUGGUGUCAAGAAGGAUCAGUUGCUUUCUGCAGUAAAUGAUUAUCAUGGUGGAGUUAUAGUGGAAUUGAAGGAGCAUAUGGACCCCAACGUCUUUCAAAACAUGCUUAAAGCUUCAUUAUCCAAGUGGAGGUUGCAGGGGAAGAAGGGUGUCUGGAUUAAACUGCCAAUUGAACUCGUAAAUUUGGUUGAAACUGCAGUUAAGGAAGGGUUUUGGUACCACCACGCAGAACCUCAUUACCUGAUGCUUGUGUAUUGGAUUCCUGAGACUGAGAAUACCAUCCCAGCAAAUGCCUCACACCGAGUGGGUAUUGGCGCUAUUGUCUUAAAUGACAAAAGAGAGUUGCUUGUUGUCCAAGAAAGUAGCGGCAGAUUAAAGGGAACUGCUGUAUGGAAGAUCCCUACUGGUAUUGUUGAAGAGGGCGAGGAUAUAUUUGAAGGUGCAAUAAGGGAAGUAAAAGAAGAAACAGGAAUUGAUACUGAAUUUCUGGAAGUACUUGCAUUCAGGCAAACACACAAGGCAUUGUUUGGCAAGUCAGACUUAUUCUUCAUUUGCAUGAUGCGCCCUUUAUCAUUUGACAUUCAGAAGCAAGAUUUAGAAAUUGAAGCAGCCCAGUGGAUGCCAAUUGAUGAGUAUGCAGCUCUACCUUAUGUUCAGAAACAUGGGCUUUACAAGUACAUCAAAGAUUUAUGUUUGGUCAAGGCCGAAAGGAGUUACCCGGGGUUUACUCCUGUGCCUAUAACAUCAUUUUUUGAUGCUAGCACGAGUUUCCUGUACUUCAACAAGGAUGGUUUGAACCAGGAAAGCUCUGCAGUUCAUCUCUGAAGGAAGGUUUGGAGAUCGAAACUUGUAAGACUAACUGGAUCAAAUUCAAAGUUAGUAUUUUCUAUAGUAAUUGUUUCAAUCCUAUAUGAUGAAAUGAUGUGUGUUUUCAAUUUUCUAGUAGAGGUUAAUCCAAAAUUUAAACUUAAUGGGUUCAAAAUUUACGAUGGUUAACACUAAAGUCACUGAACCAUUAAAAUUAUGGGUUCAGAUAUAAUAUUUAUUGAGAUUUUAGUGAGUUUUAUACUUCAUGUAUAAGAUGAACCCAUAGCAUUACGCUACAUCCGUUGUUAUUACCUCGUACUUAUGUUGGUGGAAGAUAGUAAGGGUAUUGAGUGGAAUAGUGGAAGUAUGUGCAAGUUGACCCUGAUACCAUCGUCAUUGAAACAAAAAGAAGAAUUCUUACACACUACAAAAUCACUACUAGGUUCGAAACUUGUACGAUAUGGAAGAAGGCAUAGCUUGAUGGAAGGGAAAAGCUGGUGACAUCCUUUGCCUAUUUGCGAAGGCAAAUAAUAGUGUUCUCGUGUUUUGGGAUGAACAAAGAAUCAAAGAAUGAGAUGAACAAAAGUAACUUUCUUAUUUAUGACUGAGAAAUCCGUUUGGAGAUGAUCCUUUGGGUUAACUACAACAUUCAAAACUCGGGAAUGAUAGGUUCACUUUUCUAUCCUCCCCAAUUUAAAUACUAGUUUGCUUGUCACAACGGCUGAAAUAUGAAACAAUUUAGUAUUUCUUAGGUUUUAAUGUAUGUGAUGUAAUUUUACACACUGUUUGGAUGGUUGUUAAGUAUUAUUUUAUAAUGUAUCGAAUUGUAUUGUGUUGUGUCGUACUGUAUUGUUUUAAUGAAUAAACAGUUUGAAUAAAUUGUAUAA